CUUAAAUAAAGGGUGAGGUAGACCUCCCUCGUGGGAUCUGUACGGAGUAGAUGUAUUCAUUUGCUACAGGACGGAAUACAUAGUCAUCAUGCCUCUUCUCACCCUUCACCUCCUCCGCCUGCAGCCAAACACGGACGUCAAGGACUUCGUGCACUCAGUGCGAAGCUCUCCAGAUGUCGAAGUUGUAGUGGCCUCUCGACCGCGGCGAUAUGUCAUUCGCCCUGAGAUAAUCGAUGUCCAUCAUCUAACCAAUCAACAGUGGGAUCUUAUGCUGCUGCUCCGCUCAGCUGGAAAUGGGAUCCCCCCAGCCCUGCGGUCUGCUGUCAGCGCAGAGUAUUCAGUGAACGCUGGAAUCCCAUCCAAACUCCUCAAAACGUAUCCGCAGCUUGACGCAAAGCUAAAACGAGAGGCCUCAUCAGCGCCUUUAACUGGUUCGCUGGAAAAGGCUCGCAAUAGAUCAUCGUCUCAAUCCUUGGAGCUAUCGGCAGAUCUUCUGGCAUUUAUGGAUGAGCUGGUCAAGGAGCAUGACAAGCCGGUCACCAUGCUCAACCUUCUUCAUUUUCAUCCCAACGGAAAGCCAGACUACUUCAAAUACGGACAGGGGUUUAUUUCAGUUGCCGGAAAGCGUGGGGGAAACGCGAAAAUCGUCGGUAACGUGGUAAAGCCCCCUAGUGGCCAAACCGACUCAAGAGGGGAGGCAGAUAGACCCGAGAAUGAAUGGUGGAAUGAGAUAUCUAUCGUCCAUUACCCUUCCAUCCGUCAUUUCUGCGAUAUGUUAGCAGGCGAAGACUACCAGGAGAUCAAUUCAAAACAUAGGCUUGGGGCACUUCGAGAUACGAUACUUCUCUGCACCACAGAAAUUGAUGUUGAAGACGCGCAGCCAAAUUCGAAACUCUAACGUUAUCCCACACAAGCACUCUAGAGCGCCUUUUCUCCUUAUGUAUAUACAAUAGGCGCUUGAUUCCGACGUAGAAUGGACCGUCCAAUUUAACAGCCAUUUUGCUUGA